CGGCGAUGGUUGCCGGGAAGUUGUAGUACUUGGGGGUGCGGAAAGUCUGCGGCGCCUGCGCGGAGGAGCUCGGCCGGCGACCCCGUGCGUGGCAGGAAGCGGAAGGGGGCCGGAGGGCUCGAGCACUGACGUGUCUCUCGGAGUGAGCAGGCGUCUCCGCCCGGCCUCGGCUCCCUCGUUGGACAGCACAAGCGGCCGAGAUGGGGAUUAAAUUUCUUGAAGUAAUCAAGCCCUUCUGUGUUAUCUUGCCUGAAAUUCAAAAGCCAGAAAGGAAGAUUCAAUUUAAGGAAAAAGUGCUAUGGACAGCUAUCACACUUUUCAUCUUCUUAGUAUGCUGCCAGAUUCCCCUGUUUGGUAUCAUGUCAUCGGACUCAGCAGAUCCUUUCUACUGGAUGAGAGUGAUUCUGGCUUCAAAUAGGGGAACAUUGAUGGAGCUGGGUAUUUCACCCAUUGUCACUUCUGGGCUCAUCAUGCAGCUCUUGGCUGGUGCCAAGAUAAUUGAGGUUGGGGACACUCCAAAAGACAGAGCUCUCUUCAAUGGGGCGCAGAAAUUGUUUGGCAUGAUUAUUACAAUUGGUCAGUCUAUCGUCUAUGUAAUGACGGGGAUGUACGGAGACCCAUCUGAGAUGGGUGCUGGUAUCUGUUUGCUUAUCACAAUUCAGCUUUUUGUAGCUGGACUGAUAGUUCUACUAUUGGAUGAGCUUCUACAGAAAGGGUAUGGUCUUGGUUCUGGCAUCUCUCUCUUCAUUGCUACCAACAUCUGUGAGACUAUUGUAUGGAAGGCAUUCAGCCCCACCACUGUGAACACAGGCCGAGGAAUGGAGUUUGAAGGAGCCAUUAUUGCUCUGUUCCAUCUGCUGGCUACUCGUACAGACAAAGUCAGAGCUCUCCGAGAGGCCUUCUACCGCCAGAACCUUCCUAACCUCAUGAACCUGAUUGCCACCAUUUUUGUCUUUGCUGUUGUCAUAUACUUCCAGGGCUUCAGAGUGGACCUCCCCAUCAAAUCUGCCCGCUACCGUGGCCAGUACAACACUUACCCGAUCAAGCUAUUCUAUACUUCCAAUAUACCCAUCAUUCUUCAGUCUGCCUUGGUAUCUAAUCUGUAUGUGAUCUCCCAGAUGUUGUCUGCUCGCUUCAGUGGCAACUUGUUGGUCAGCCUGCUGGGCACCUGGUCUGAUACUUCAUCCGGAGGCCCUGCUCGCUCUUAUCCAGUCGGUGGACUUUGCUAUUAUCUGUCACCCCCUGAGUCCUUUGGUUCGGUGUUAGAAGACCCUGUCCAUGCAGUUGUUUAUAUUGUGUUUAUGUUGGGCUCCUGUGCUUUCUUCUCCAAGACAUGGAUUGAAGUUUCUGGCUCCUCUGCCAAAGAUGUUGCCAAACAACUAAAAGAGCAACAGAUGGUAAUGAGGGGUCACAGAGAAACCUCCAUGGUCCACGAACUAAACAGGUACAUUCCCACAGCUGCUGCAUUUGGUGGUCUCUGCAUUGGUGCUCUCUCUGUCCUGGCAGACUUCCUUGGGGCAAUUGGGUCUGGAACUGGAAUCUUGCUAGCUGUUACUAUCAUUUACCAGUACUUUGAAAUUUUUGUAAAGGAACAGAGUGAAGUUGGGAGCAUGGGAGCUCUUCUUUUCUAAACCCAGCUUCUCAUGGACCUGGGGAAGGGGAAGGCGUGUUCUUGAAUCAUCCAGUCAGGUGAACAGAAAUAAAACAAACUCGGGCACAUCAUGCUAUAGGAACAUGUAUUUUAAUAAUGUUUCCAAAGUGCAUUUCCUUGUGUUCACUUUUUAGCAUAUUGUUUGUGUUUUAUAAAUGUUGGAAAAUGUGCAAAAACAUUUUUAAAGAAAAUGGAUUAUUUUUAAUUGUAGGAAAACCAACUUCCUGAAUUGGAUUUAGUUUGACAGUUCUUUAAUUUUUCAUCCCCUUGCAGGAAUGAUAGAUCUGAAGCCUUUAUAGGUUUCAAUAAGUAGACAUGUGGGGAGGGCUAUGUAUUGGAAGGGAUGUUUUUUCCAUAUAUUUUGUGUUUGCAACUCCUCUGCAGUGGAUUAGGUGAGAGAAAUCUCUCCGUCUGAUGCCGGAGUUCAUUAAUUAUGGUUGUAAGCACAUACAAUGUUUAAUGUGUUCAGUUUUGUAUAUUUUUUUGGAAUAUGGCAUAUUUGGUGAGGCAUUUUCAGUGUAUUUUUACAAAGGUGUCUCUACUUACAGAUGUCCUGUAAAUCAAGCUAGGUCUUGUCAAAUGCUGACUGUUGGAUUGAGACUGUUGCCUAGUUUCUGUAGAGGUUAGAAAUGCUUUCCCUUCGAUAAGCUGAAAACUCAGGUCAGUCUGUUUCUCCAGGGGGAAGCAAUUAGUGUGCCGAAGAGUUGUAACCUUAAAACUUGAUAAUGUGGAGAAGCCUUGUAAAUGUUCUAACUACUAUUGACCACAGUCAUUUUUAGCUCUGGCACUGAAACUAGUUGGGAAUUGCAUGUCACAACUUUUUAGAGACAAAUCUUCUUUUGAUAAACCCAGACUUCUCUCAUUUAAAAAUAAGUAAUAGUCUAGCAGCAAUGAGGAUAUCAUCAUCUGACUGCUUGUUUCUAGUGAAUUGUGUAGGGUUCAUUGCUACAGAAUGCCACAACUGUAAUUUACAUAUCUGUUGCAAAGUACCUAAUUUAUGGUCCUGGACAGGAGAUUAGUUUGAUAACUUUGUCACUGCCCAUGUAGAAAGUAUCCUUUUGCCAUCUCUGAAAUACGCUUAAAAAUAUACCCUUGCUGACUUGAGUAGCAUGUAGUGGAAACCCUUGCCUGGACACCUACUCCUAUCAAAAUGGAGAAGUCACCUUAAAAGGCUUAAAGGAAACUGAAGAAAAAAAAAUCCUCAACUUCUAAUUUUAAUGUAGGUUGGUCUUAGGCACAUUAAAUAUUGACAGAUGCAAACAUUUUGUGUACAAAAGAAACUGGCAAGUAAAGUUUCUUCCUCAAACAGUAUUGGUCAACCUGGGAAUCAGAAUGGGAAGUGGUAGUGUUGGAGUGUUUCUCUGUACUGCACAAAUAUAACUGUAUUUUCUGCUGUUACUCUGAAAAUGUAAAAGAUGGUUUGUGCUUCAAUGAAUGACAGAAUCAUUUCUAUCACAUAUUCCUGACAAAGUAGAGACAGGGGCAGAACUCAUGUUGUAUUUGCCACCAAGCUCUCCCAAAUGUGAGAAUUUUGCAGGCUCUGUGUGCUAUGUACCUAUCAAUAGAAACUUAAACACUUAAAAUGGGACAAGGACCUGAAGUGGGAAAAGGGCAAAAGUAAUGGAAUAAAGUAGCCAUGAAUAAAUAAAAUGUAUAAAAGUCCACUUGUUAACUUCACACAACAUUUGUUCUGUUUUUUUAUCCAGGGUCUGUUUUGAAAUAGCAGCAUGUGACAACAGUUUUUUAUACAAAAUCUGAGAUAGUUCAGAGGUGACUUUUGAUGGGAGUGUCUUUCAGGAAGACCAGUCAAGGACCUCACUUCUGGGCACACAGUUCUGGCUGGCCUGGAACUGUAUUUGCGUUUUCAGUUAGAACUUAUUUCUUUGAACUGGCUGCAGUUUAGACCAGCAGUUCUUGAGUUCCUGAUGAAUAGCACUUGUUCUGUGCAUCUGUAUAUUGUUGCCUAGUGGUGGAACUUUAUACAUCUUCAAGCAGAUAUGUCCUGAAGGCAGGAUCUGAUGAUCGUACAGUGGACAUUUAGAAUAAAAACAAAGAGCUAAUGCCUAACCAGUCUGCUUUAUAAUUAAAUAAAGUACAUCUUUGGAACUAA